GGGCCGCCAUCCGGGCAUCCCGGCGGCGGCGACAACAUGGCCGAUGUUGUUCAGAACUAGACUGUAGAAACAAGAAGGAAAGAUGAAAGUCGACAGAACGAAGCUGAAGAAAACGCCAACUGAAGCGCCUGCUGACUGCCGAGCUCUGAUUGAUAAGCUGAAGGCCUGCAAUGACGAACAGCUCCUGACAGAACUUCAGCAAAUCAAGACAUGGAAUAUUGGAAAGUGCGAGCUGUACCACUGGGUGGACCUGCUGGAUCGGUUCGAUGGAAUUCUGGCAGACGCUGGGCAGACUGUGGAAACCAUGUCCUGGAUGUUGGUGUGCGACAGGCCAGAAAACGAGCAGCUCAAAGCCCUCCUGCUGGCUGUCUUAAACUUCACGGCCCUGCUCAUUGAGUACAGCUUCUCGCGGCACCUGUACAGUUCCAUCGAGCAUCUGACUACUUUAUUAGCAUCAUGUGACAUGCAAGUGGUGCUGGCUGUGCUAAAUCUGCUGUAUGUGUUCAGCAAAAGAUCCAAUUAUAUUACUAGACUCGGCUCCGAUAAGAGGACUCCUUUGUUGUCGAGGCUACAGCACUUAGCAGAGAGCUGGGGUGGGAAAGAGAAUGGAUUCGGCCUCGCAGAGUGCUGCCGUGACUUACAGAUGUCGAAAUACCCACCUAGUGCAACAACACUACACUUUGAGUUCUAUGCAGAGCCAAGUGCCGAGGUGAAGUUGGACAAAAAGGCCACAGCAAACAACACACUACAUUACAUUCAUAUAGAGCAGUUAGAUAAGAUGUCUGAAAGCCCUUCUGAAAUUAUGGAGUCCUUAACCAAAAUGUACAGUAUCCCAAAGGAUAAGCAGAUGCUACUGUUUACACAUAUACGGCUAGCGCACGGCUUCUCAAAUCAUAAAAAGAGACUGCAAGCAGUACAAGCUAGGCUACACGCUAUCUCGAUAUUAGUUUACUCCAAUGCGCUCCAAGAGUCUGCCAACAGUAUAUUAUACAACGGUUUGAUAGAGGAGCUGGUGGAUGUUCUACAGAUACCAGACAAACAGCUUAUGGAUAUUAAAGCCGCUUCUUUGCGGACAUUGACGUCGAUAGUUCAUUUGGAAAGGACACCUAAGCUGAGCAGCAUCAUAGACUGCACAGGAACAGCGUCAUACCAUGGCUUUCUACCAGUGCUGGUGCGAAACUGUAUCCAGGCCAUGAUUGAUCCAUCUAUGGAGCCGUAUCCUCAUCAGUUUGCAACGGCACUGUUCUCCUUUCUCUACCACCUGGCCAGUUACGAUGCCGGCGGCGAAGCCUUGGUCUCCUGUGGAAUGAUGGAAGCUUUACUCAAGGUGAUCAAGUAUCUUGGCGAUGAGCAGGACCAGAUCACUUUCGUGACCAGGGCUGUCCGCGUGGUUGACCUCAUCACCAACCUGGACAUGGCAGCCUUCCAGUCGCACAGUGGACUGGCCGUAUUCAUCAACCGGCUAGAGCACGAAGUUGAUAUUUGCAGGAAGGAGUGUCCAUUUGUCAUUAAGCCAAAGAUUCAGCGAUCAAGCGCGACUCAGGAGGGCGAGGAGAUGGAGACGGAUUCUGAAGUUUCAGAUAUCGUAAUGGAGAGCAGUCCAGGUCCCUCAACUUCGACUGAGUCCAGGCCAGAUGUAGAUUCACGAGGGCCCAGUACUGCCACAGCAUACCCACCAAGAACUGGGGUUCAGUGCAUCCCGCAGCGUGCAGCCCUGUUGAAAUCCAUGCUCAACUUCCUGAAGAAGGCCAUUCAAGAUCCAGCGUUCUCAGACAGCAUUCGGCAUGUAAUGGACGGCUCGCUGCCUACCUCACUAAAGCACAUCAUCAGCAACGCAGAGUAUUAUGGGCCAUCCCUCUUCCUGCUCGCUACUGAGGUGGUGACUGUGUUUGUGUUCCAAGAGCCAUCGCUGCUAUCCUCACUCCAGGAUAAUGGACUGACGGACGUCAUGCUUCAUGCCUUGUUGAUAAAAGACGUACCCGCGACCCGUGAAGUUCUGGGCUCCUUGCCGAACGUGUUCAGUGCACUGUGCCUGAACGCCCGUGGGCUGCAGUCCUUUGUGCAGUGCCAGCCCUUCGACCGACUCUUCAAGGUGCUGCUGUCCCCCGACUACCUGCCCGCGAUGAGGAGGCGUCGCAGCUCCGAUCCGUUAGGUGACACAGCAUCCAACCUUGGCAGUGCCGUAGACGAACUAAUGAGACAUCAGCCAACUCUGAAGACCGAUGCCACCGCUGCAAUCAUAAAGCUGCUCGAAGAAAUCUGCAACCUGGGAAGAGACCCGAAGUACAUCUGCCAGAAACCUUCCAUCCAGAAAGCGGACGGGACUGCGAGCGCCCCACCACCCCGGUCCAGUCACGCUGCUGAGGAGGCAUCCAGUGAGGACGAGGAGGAGGAGGAGGUUCAGGCUAUGCAGAGCUUCAGCAGCAGCAUGGCUGUUCAGCAGAGUGAUCCCGAACCCAACCAGCAGGUGGUUGGCACAGAGGAAAGAAUACCAAUCCCAUUGAUGGAUUAUAUACUGAACGUGAUGAAGUUCGUCGAGUCAAUCCUGAGCAACAACACGACAGACGACCACUGCCAGGAGUUUGUGACCCAGAAGGGGUUGCAGCCACUCGUGUGCAUCCUGGGCCUUCCGAACCUUCCCAUUGACUUCCCCACUUCGGCUGCCUGUCAGGCCGUCGCGGGAGUUUGCAAGUCCAUUCUGACACUGUCGCACGAGCUGAAGGUACUGCAGGAAGGUCUCGUUCAGCUGGACACCAUACUGUCAUCAUUGGAGCCCCUGCAUCGACCCAUUGACACUCCCGGCGGCUCGGUCCUCCUGCGGGAGUUGGCGAAUGCAGGCAACGUGGCUGAUGCCACCCUCUCGGCCCAGGCCACGCCGCUGCUGCACGCUCUCACCGCCGCGCACGCCUACAUCAUGAUGUUUGUGCAUACCUGCAGGGUGGGACAGAGCGAAAUCCGUUCCAUAUCUGUGAACCAGUGGGGCUCGCAGCUGGGCCUGAACGUCCUGAACAAGCUCAGCCAACUGUACUGCUCAUUGGUCUGGGAAAGCACUGUGCUGCUGUCCCUCUGUACCCCGAACAGUCUUCCAGCUGGCUGCGAGUUUGGCCAGGCGGACAUGCAGAAGCUGGUGCCAAAGGAGGACAAGCCUGCCACUGCUGCUACACCAGGCAGCUCCACUGGAGCGAAGAGAUCAGAAGCGGAAAUGGACGCGGCAGGCAGCGGCGUGGAGUCUUCGGCUCAGGGGCUGUUGGAGGGGAUCAGCCUGGACGGCGACACGCUCGCGCCAAUGGAAACCGACGAGCCCAGCACCUCCGACACCAAAGGGAAGUCCAAGAUCACGCCGGCUAUGGCUGCACGGAUCAAGCAAAUCAAGCCCUUGCUUUCGGCAUCCUCGAGGCUUGGCAGGGCGCUGGCCGAGCUCUUCGGCUUGUUGGUCAAGCUGUGCGUCGGAUCGCCGGUGCGGCAGAGACGGAGUCAUCACCCUGCCAGCACCACCACCGCACCCACGCCGGCGGCACGAGGGACGGCAUCCGCUCUCACCAAACUCCUGACCAAAGGGCUGUCGUGGCAACCGCCCCCUUACACUCCGACCCCCCGGUUCAGGUUGACUUUCUUCAUCUGUUCUGUGGGCUUCACCUCGCCCAUGCUGUUCGAUGAGAGGAAAUACCCUUACCACUUGAUGCUGCAGAAAUUCCUGUGCUCUGGAGGACACGAUGCCCUGUUUGAGACCUUUAAUUGGGCUCUGUCGAUGGGGGGUAAAGUGCCAAUCACCGAAGGCCUGGAGCACACGGAGCUCCCGGACGGCACGGGCGAGUUCCUCGACGCCUGGCUGAUGCUCGUGGAGAAGAUGGUGAAUCCGACGACCGUUCUGGAGUCUCCGCACUCUCUGCCAGCCAAGCCGCCCGGCGGGCAGAACUUCGCGCAGUUCAGCGCGCUCCGGUUCCUGGUGGUGACGCAGAAGGCAGCCUUUAAUUGCAUCAAGAACCUGUGGAAUCGCAAGCCGCUGAAGGUGUAUGGCGGGCGCAUGGCCGAGUCGAUGCUGGCGAUCCUGUGCCACAUCCUGAGGGGCGAACCCGUGAUCCGUGAGCGACUGUCCAAGGAAAAAGAGGGCAGCAGGACGGAAGAGGAAGGCCCGCAGGAGGAAGGGACAGCGCCAAGGCGUGAGCCCCAAGUGAACCAGCAACAACUUCAGCAGUUGAUGGACAUGGGUUUCACGAGGGAGCACGCCAUGGAGGCCUUGCUGAACACAAGCAGCAUGGAGCAGGCGACGGAGUAUCUGUUAACGCACCCCCCUCCUCUCUUGGGAGGAGCUGUACGCGUGAGGGAGCUCAGCAUGUCUGAGGAGGAUCAGAUGAUGAGGGCGAUAGCCAUGUCACUGGGGCAGGAUAUUCCAAUGGACCAGAGUACAGAGUCACCAGAGGAAGCAGCGCGCCGCAAGGAGGAGGAAGAGCGCAAGGCGCGUGAGAAGCAGGAAGAGGAGGAGGUGAAGAGCCUGGAGAGGUACCAGGACGUGGCUCCCCUGGAGCCCGACGAAUUGAACACCUUCACGGAGAAGAUGCUGCCCGGCUGCUUCCACCUGCUGGACGAGUUACCGGACACGGUGUACCGGGUUUGCGACCUGAUCAUGACCGCCGUCAAGCGCAACGGGGCUGACUACAGAGACCUGAUACUGACCCGGGUCGUGGAGCAGGUAUGGGAAGCUGCUAACGUCCUGAUCACAGCGGCGCUGCCCUUGACCACGAGCGACACCAAGACGGUGGCGGAGUGGACAAGCCAGAUGGCCACACUGCCGCAGGCCUCCAACCUGGCGACCAGGAUCCUCCUCGUCACACUCCUGUUUGAGGAACUCAAGCUGACUUGCGCCAGGAUUGUGGAGACGAGUGGCAUACUGGGCGUCUUGAUCAAGUUGCUGGAGGUGGCGCAGCCUUGUCUCCAGGCUGCCAAGGAACAGAAGGACGUGCACACACCCAAGUGGAUUACUCCUGUCCUGCUGCUGAUUGAUUUCUACGAAAAGAUGUCCGUGUCCUCCAAGAGGAGAGCACAGAUGAACAAGUAUCUGCAGCCAACUGGGAAUAACUGGAGGUGGUUUGAUGAUCGAUCAGGGCGUUGGUGCAGUUACAGCGCGAGCAACAACAGCACCAUCGACGCGGCCUGGAGGGCAGGAGAGACCAGUGUGCGGUUUACGGCCGGCCGGAGGAGAUACACCGUGCAGUUCAACACCAUGGUGCAGGUAAAUGAAGAGACUGGAAACCGGCGGCCGGUGAUGUUGACUUUACAGCGCCUGCCCCGGAAGGAACCCAACUGCAAAAGCAGCAGCUCCCAAUUCGUGCAGGACCUGGAGAAAACCCUGGAGGAGGGGAAGGAGCCCGAGCCCGAACCUGAGCCAGAAGCCAAACCCAAGGAAGAGAAAGCCAGCGAUGUGGAACCUGUUCCCGAGACCACAGCGGAGAAGGAACCGAGGGAAGAAGUGAAAGCGAGCGACAUAGUGAUCCAGGGACUGUCGGAGGAGCAGAUGGCAGUGCUGAUCCGGUCGUGCGUCAGCAUGAUCAGCGUGCCGGUGGACCCCGACACGCUGCACGCCACGCUGCGGCUCUGCCUGCGCCUGACCCGCGAGCACAAGUGCGCCCUGAUGUUCGCGGAGCUCGGCAGCACCCGCAUGAUCCUGAACCUGACGCAGGGCUCCGGCUUCAACGGCUUCACGCCGCUGGUCACGCUGCUCUUCCGGCACGUGAUCGAGGAUCCCUGCACGCUCAAACACACCAUGGAAAAGGUGGUGCGUUCGGCUGCUACCAGUGGGGCAGGCAGCACGACCUCUGGCGUGGUGUCCGGGAGCCUGGGCUCCAGAGAGAUUAACUACAUCCUGAGAGUCCUGGGACCAGCUGCCUGCAGGAACCCUGAGAUAUUCACCGAGGUGGCAAAGAACUGUAUAAGGAUAGCCCUGCCUGCACCCCGUGGCAAUGGGACCGCCUCUGACGAUGAAUUUGAGAAUUUGCGUAUCAAGGGCCCCAACGCUGUGCAGUUGGUGAAAACGACACCAGUGAAGCCCUCGCCCCUCCCUACGAUUCCUGACACCAUCAAGGAAGUUAUCUAUGACAUGUUGAAUGCGCUGUCAGCAUACCACGCUCCCGAUGAGGCAGAGAAGGUUGAGGUGAAGCUGGUGAGUGUGAAUCAGGAGCUGAGCCAGCUGCUGCAGGACGUGGGAGAUGACAUGUACCAGCAGUACCGCUCGCUGACACGGCAGGGCAGUGACUUCGAUUCACAGCAGAGUUUCACCAUCAAUACGCAGGUCUUUGUUGCUGAUGGUGCAGCGACAGAUGCCACACAGCCUGGUACAUCCCAAGGAGAGGUUUCCACACCAGAGGAGAACCGGGAAGGCAAGAAGGACAAGGACAGCGACAAAGCCUCCGAAGACGGGAAGCAGAAGGCGAAAGCCAGCAAGCCCCUCAUGCCGACGUCCACCAUCCUGAGGCUACUGGCCGAGCUGGUGCGCUCUUACAUCGGCAUCGCCACCCUGAUAGCUGGGUACAACUACACAGCUGGCCAGUCUGAGCUGAUCAAAGAGGAUUGCAGCGUCCUGGCGUUCGUCCUGGAUCACCUGUUGCCCCAGACCCAGAAUGUGGGGGACAAGGACACGCCAGCGCUGGCCAGGCUCUUCCUGGCUAGCUUAGCGGCAGCGACGCAGAGCACUGAGGCUCAGGCCGCGUUGGUCAACGAGGUCAAAGCAGCCCUCAGCAGAGCACUGGCUAUGGCAGAGAGCACCGAGAAACAUGCCAGGCUACAGGCGGUGAUGUGCAUCAUUAGCACCAUCAUGGAGUCCUGCCCGUCCACCUCCAGCUUCUACAGCAGCAACGCUGUCAAAACGCAGCACAACGGCAUGAACAACAUCAUCCGACUCUUCCUGAAGAAGGGGCUCGUGAAUGAUCUGGCCAGAGUGCCACACAGUCUCGACUUGUCCAGUCCCAACAUGGCAAACACGGUGAAUGCUGCGUUGAAGCCUUUGGAGACACUUUCUCGCAUUGUCAACCAGCCAAGUAGCCUCUUCAGCAGCAAGAACGCUUCAAGCAAGAACAAAUCGGAGCAGGAUACGCACAUCACGAGCGGCGAUGCUAACGGCAACCAGCCAGACUCUGGCGAGACUGGAGAGACUGAGGCGCAGGAAGACCACGCCCCAACUGGAGUGGCAGACAGCGAUAUUAUGGAUGGAGAGACUGAAGCGGAUACGGUGGUGAUAACUGGGCAGUCGGAAGUCCUCAAUGCCCAGGAGAUGCAGGUUGAGAACGAGCUGGAGGAUCUUAUCGAUGAGUUGCUGGAAAGAGACGUGGAGACUGUGAGCAGCACAAUCAUCGCUUGCAGAAGUACUGAGGAUGAGUCCCAGGAGGAUGUGUUGAUGGAUGAGGCUCCCUCAAAUCUCAGUCAGGCACCCACCCUGCAGGCUAACCGAGAAGAUUCUAUGAACAUCUUGGACCCUGACGAUGAGGAACACACACAAGAGGAAGAUAGCAGUGGAAGUAAUGAGGACGAUGAUGACAGCCAGGAUGAGGAUGAGGAAGAGGAGGAAGAUGAAGAUGAUCAGGAUGACGAGGAGGGCGAGGAAGAGGAAGGGGACGAGGACGACGAGGAUGAGGAGGGAUCCGAGAUGGAGCUGGAUGAAGACUACCCAGAUAUUGACGAGUCACUCGUCCGCUUCGACAGAGAGGACGACCUGAUCAUCGAGUUCGAUAACAUGUUUUCCACUGCAGCGGACAUACCCCCCGCCCCGGGUAACAUUCCCGCCACGCACCCGCUCAUGGUUCGGCACGCGGAUCACAGCGCCCUGACGCUGGGCACGGGAUCCUCCACCACGCGGCUCACCCAAGGCAUCGGGCGCAGUCAGCGGGCGAUCCGGCCGUUUGCUGCCAACACGGGCCACACCAUUCACGUGCACUACCCUGGGAACAGGCAACCCAACCCUCCCCUCAUCCUGCAAAGAUUGCUUGGGCCCUCAGCCGCUGCCGAUAUCCUCCAGCUCAGCAGCAGCCUGCCCCUGCAGAGCCGUGGCCGCGCCAGGCUGCUGGUUGGCAACGACGAUGUCCACAUUAUUGCCCGAUCGGACGACGACCUCCUGGACGACUUCUUCCAUGACCAGACGGCCACAACCAGCCAAGCAGGUACCCUGUCGAGCAUCCCGACUGCACUAACCCGCUGGACUGAGGAAUGCAAAGUACUGGACGCAGAAAGUAUGCACGAUUGCGUGGCAGUGGUGAAGCUGCCCAUCAUCCAGCACCUGGAGUCGCUGCGUGACGAGGAGUUGGAGGAGCGGAGAGAGAAACGCAGAAAGCAACUGGCGGAGGAAGAGGCCAGGAGAGAGGAGAAGGCCAAGGAGGAGAAGGAGAACAAGGAGCAGAAUGCCCCGCAGGCUGCGGGUUCCACCAGAGUGGCCAACUCGUCUGUUCAAGGUGACAAGAGUCAAACAGCUGUGAGUUCCAGUGCCCUGUCGGCCACGAACGAAGCCAUCAGCAACAUGGCCGCCUCGAUCGCAGAAGCAGCGCUGGAAGCCAUGAGGACACACGGCCAGUUAACAGACGCGGAGCAGCCUGUCGUCGGCUCCACUGGGCUGGACACCCCUCGACUGGAGAACUUCCUACCAGCGCCGGCAUCGAUGGAGGGCACCCCGGCUGCAGAGAGCCAAGCCCUGGGCGUUCUGGAGACGGCCCAGCAGCCCCUGACCGCCCUUCAGCCCGGAGGCCAGGCCUCGUCCCUCCAGCUGGCCUCUGCCGAGGAGGUGACGGCGCAGUCGCUGAUGCCCAUCGAGGCUGCGCCGGACAGGCCGAGCGGAGAGGCCGAAGCCCUGCAGAUGGAGAUGUCGCCGGCGCCAACGACAGCCUCCCAGUCUCCAGAGCGAGUGGAAGGUUCAGAAGCACUGGUGACGGUGGGCAGUCAGCUGGAGGGCUCCCCCAUGGACACGAGCAGCCCGGUGUCUGGCAUGUUAGAGGAAACAGCAGGAGAGGGCCUUGGCGCGAGAGGGAGCGAGCAGGAGAGGCCGGCUGCUGAAGAGACAGGGGUACCACCCUCGGAGUCGGCAGCCACCGCAGAGGGUCAAGCAGAGGUGGCCCCAGCCGGAGAGCAGAGCGUUUCAUCCUCCAUCCCCUCUGUGACCUUGCCCGCCAGAGACACCGUGCCGGGACCCGGAGUGACAGCAGCCUCCAACGGGCAGCCUUCCACGACCAACAGCGAGGAAGACCCACUUGCUGGAAUCAACCUCCCCGAGGGCGUCGACCCCUCCUUCCUGGCCGCCCUGCCUGAGGACAUCCGCCGCGAGGUGCUGCAGAACCAGCUGGGCAUCCGGCCCCCCAACCGGGCAGCGGCCACAGUCGCGGCCUCGGCUGCAGCCGCAGCGGCUGCCGCUGCCGCCACCCUGGUCGGCAACCAGGGGGUCACCGAGGUCAGCCCCGAAUUCCUGGCGGCUCUUCCACCAGCCAUUCAAGAGGAGGUACUAGCCCAGCAGCGAGUAGAACAGCAGAGGAGAGAGCUGGCACAGACAGCCAACCCUGACACCCCCAUGGACCCGGUCACCUUCAUCCAGACGCUGCCUUCCGACCUGCGGCGGAGCGUGCUAGAAGACAUGGAGGACAGCGUGCUGGCGGUGAUGCCACCGGACAUUGCGGCUGAGGCUCAGGCAUUGCGCCGGGAACAGGAGGCCAGGCAGAGGCAGCUGAUGCACGAGCGCUUGUUCAGCCACAGCAGCUCAUCCGCUCUCUCCGCCAUACUGCGGAGCACAGGCUUCACCGGCCGCUUGGGAGGAAACAGAGGGGUGCAGUACACGCGCUUGGCUGUGCAGAGGAGCGGAGCGUUUCAGUGGGGGAGCAGCACCCACAACAGAGCGUCAAGCAGCAGCAACAUGGACAGCUUGCUCCGGCUGCGAGGGCGCCUCCUCCUGGACCACGAGGCCCUGUCCUGCCUGCUGGUCCUUCUCUUUGUGGACGAGCCGAAGCUGAACACCAGCCGCCUCCACCGGGUCCUGCGCAACCUGUGCUACCACACGCAGACGCGCAACUGGGUCAUCAAGAGCCUCCUGUCCAUCCUGCAGCGCAGCAGCGAGAGCGAGCUGUGCAUCGAGACCCCCAAGCACCCUGAGGAGAAGGGCAAGAAGGCCACCAAGCCGGGGGCGGGCACGGGCACGGGCGCCCCCUCCUCCGCUGGAGCCCACGAGCACCGGCCCCUGGACCUGCUGCACAAGAUGGAAGCCAAGACCACCAGCCAGCUGUCCUGGCUCUCCGUGUCCAUGGACGCGGCCCUGGGCUGCCGGACGAACAUCUUCCAAAUCCAGCGGUCCGGCGGGCGCAAGCACUCGGAGAAGCACAUGGGCUGUGGCUCCACCGUCCACAUCCACCCCCAGGCAGCGCCUGUGGUCUGCCGGCAUGUCCUGGACACGCUCAUACAGCUCGCUAAGGUAUUCCCAAGUCAUUUCACGCAGCAGAGGACCAAAGAAGCAAGUGGUGAAACUGACAAGGAGAAACUGAACAAGCAAUCAGCCAACAGCCCAUGCCUCGGUCAGCCUGCGGGCGGAGGUGGAGGAGGAGGAGGGGGCAGUGGUGUCGGCCCCAGCCUGGGCAUCUCCACGGACUUCUGGGACUUGCUGGUCAAGCUGGACAACAUGAACGUCAGCCGGAAGGGCAAGACCUCAGUCAAGACCACGCCCUCCUCUAACAGCGACGGGGAGAACAGCCAGUGCAGCCUGGAGUCCUCCCCCCUGGGGCAGCUGAUGAACAUGCUCUCACACCCGGUCAUCCGCCGCAGCUCGCUGCUGACGGAGAAGCUCCUGCGGCUCCUCUCGCUCAUUUCCAUCGCGCUGCCCGACAAGGCCACAGAGGUGGCGGUCAACCACAGCGGUGCUGCGGAAGUGACCCUCGUCGGCUCCGUCACAUCGCCUCCGAAAGCCGCCAAGUCUCCGGCAAAAGCCACGUCAGAAGGAGCAGCCAGUGCCAACGAUAGCAAGAUCCAGAAUUCUGGGUUGACCGAGAAACAGCUGCAGCUUUCUGUGGAGGUGUUGACCUCCCACUCGUGCUCGGAAGAAGGACUGGAAGACGCAGCGAACAUCCUGCUUCAGCUCUCCCGGGGGGAGCCGGGAACCAGGGACACGGUCCUGAAGCUGCUGCUCAGUGGGGCUCGCCAGCUGGGAUACACGCUCUGCCAACAGAUAGGUACUUUACUAGCUGAGCUGCGGGAGUAUAACCUGGAGCAGCAGAGGAGAGCGCAUUCUGACGGCCAGUCACCCGAAGGAACGCCAGACGACCACCCUCAGUUGACCAAGUUAAAAGGAAAGAUGCAGAGCAGGUUUGACACCGCGGAGAACGUGGUUAUCGUGGCGUCUCACAAGCGCCCCCUGGGGGGCCGGGAGCUCCAGUUACCCUCCAUGUCGAUGCUGACGUCCAAGACCUCCACGCAGAAAUUCUUCCUCCGCAUCCUGCAGGUCAUCAUCCAGCUGCGGGAUGCUACCCGGCGGGCGAACAAGAAGGCCAAGGAGACGGGAAGACUAGGGACCUCGACAAUGGGCUCCGCGAGCAGCAUCCAGGCAGCUGUGCGGCAGCUGGAGGCGGAGGCCGACGCCAUCAUACAAAUGGUACGUGAGGGCCAACGGGCCAGAAGACAACAGCAAUCAGCCAUGUCUGAGACGAACCCGGCAGAAGGAGCUUCCCGAAGAGAUGAGUCUCCCAUGGACGUGGACCAGCCAUCUCCAGCCGCCCAGGAGUCGCUAUCACUCGGCUCUGAAGGAAGCCAUGCGAGCGAGAAGGAGAAGGAAGAGGAGAAGCUCCCCGAGCUGCCGCUGCUGAGCGAGCAGCUGAGCCUGGACGAGCUGUGGGACAUGCUGGGCGAGUGCCUGAAGGAGCUGGAGGAGUCGCACGACCAGCACGCGGUCCUGGUGUUGCAGCCUGCAGUCGAGGCCUUUUUCCUCGUUCACGCGACAGAGAGGGAGAGCAAGCCGCCUGUACGCGACACGAGGGAAAGCCAGCUGGCCCACAUCAAGGAUGAGGCACCGCCCCUCUCACCGGCCCCCGUUACCCCAGCCACGCCGUCCUCCUUGGACCCGUUCUUCUCCCGCGAGCCCUCGUCCAUGCACAUAUCCUCCAAUCUGCCUCCGGACACACAGAAGUUCCUGCGGUUUGCAGAAACCCACCGAACGGUGCUGAACCAGAUUCUGCGUCAGUCCACCACACACCUGGCAGACGGCCCCUUUGCAGUCCUCGUGGAUUACAUUCGGAUCCUCGACUUUGAUGUCAAACGCAAGUAUUUCCGUCAGGAGUUGGAGCGUUUGGAUGAAGGAAUCCGCAAGGAGGACUUAGCGGUGCACGUGAGGAGGGACCAUGUCUUUGAGGACUCGUACCGGGAGCUCCACAGGAAGUCCCCCGAGGAGAUGAAGAACAGGCUGUACAUUGUGUUCGAAGGGGAGGAAGGGCAGGACGCUGGAGGCCUGCUCCGCGAGUGGUACAUGAUCAUCUCGAGGGAAAUGUUCAACCCCAUGUACGCGCUGUUCAGGACCUCGCCGGGCGACAGAGUCACGUACACCAUCAACCCCUCGUCGCACUGUAACCCCAACCACCUCAGCUACUUCAAGUUUGUGGGCCGCAUCGUGGCGAAGGCAGUGUACGAUAACCGCUUGCUCGAGUGCUACUUCACCCGCUCGUUCUACAAACACAUCCUUGGCAAAUCAGUCAGGUACACAGACAUGGAAAGUGAAGAUUAUCAUUUUUACCAAGGGCUGGUCUACCUGCUGGAAAAUGACGUUUCUACACUGGGUUACGAGCUCACCUUCAGUACAGAGGUGCAAGAGUUUGGAGUGUGUGAGGUACGGGAGCUGAAACCAAACGGAGCCCACAUUGUUGUGACGGAAGAAAAUAAGAAAGAGUAUGUCCACCUGGUGUGUCAGAUGAAGAUGACAGGUGCGAUCAGGAAACAGCUAGCUGCCUUCUUGGAAGGAUUCUACGAGAUUAUCCCAAAGCGGUUGAUCUCUAUCUUUACAGAGCAGGAGUUGGAGCUGCUCAUCUCUGGUUUACCGACCAUUGACAUCGAUGACUUGAAAGCAAACACUGAAUACCACAAGUACCAGGUUAACUCCAUACAGAUCCAGUGGUUCUGGCGGGCACUGCGCUCCUUCGACCAGGCUGAUCGUGCCAAGUUCCUGCAGUUUGUAACCGGUACCUCCAAGGUCCCUCUGCAGGGAUUCGCAGCCCUGGAAGGAAUGAACGGCAUCCAGAAGUUCCAGAUUCACAGAGACGAUCGUUCGACCGACCGAUUACCCUCGGCUCACACUUGCUUUAACCAACUGGACCUCCCAGCCUACGAGAGCUACGAGAAACUGCGUCACAUGUUGCUGCUCGCCAUCCAGGAGUGUUCGGAGGGAUUUGGCCUUGCCUGAAGCUGUACAAACCAAGGAAGGACAGAACGAACAAUCGGAAGACAAUUGAGAAACAAAAGGCAGUACCCAAAAGGGGAGGAUUUUUUUUUUAAACAAGACUGUAAAACGUGCAUAACUUGCUCUCCUCGGACUGACCUAGUAGACUUGCUUUGAGAAAAAAAAAUGUUACAGAAAGGCAACUGCCUGUGCCCGAGUGGGUUUCUGGAGUGAGAGAUUCGCACAGGGGGAAAAAUAUACUGACUUUGGGAAAAAAAAAAUUUCUUUCAUUUUCCCCAUCCUCCUCCUCCUCCCCCCUGUUAGGUUGCAUCAUUGUGUGUGUGUGUGUGUGUGUGUGUGUGUGUGUGCGCGUGCGUGUGUGUGUGUGUGUGUGUGUGCGUGUGUGUAUGUGCGCGCACAAGUGUCUGCGCGCACACGCCCUUGGGUUGUCUUGACUUGCACAUUGGAGGGGGAAAGGAGGAAUUUUUUUUUUUUAAAAAAGAGAGAAUUCCGACAUGGAAAUAAUUGGCUCCAGUGUCACUAGCUCAGUAACGGAUACCACUUGUUGCGAUGUCACUUUUCACUAUGCUGUUUGUCUCGUUCUUUUGUUUAUCUCUGAAUCCAUGCAAAUAUUGAAGAUGUAAAUAAAUAUUACAAAGUUUUUGAUCCACA